AUGUAUAACAACGUUACUACUUCCUUUUGGCAGGGUAUUCGAAAGUUUAAUCCAUUUCCGUUAUCAAAAUCUUCUUUCUGUAGAAUGAACCAUUUUAACGCUUCUCUUGUUCCAAAAGACUUUCGUCCUUUUCGAAUUGGACUCGUCCAGCUUGCUUCAACUGCCAACAAAGAUGAAACCCUGAAAAACACAUGCUCUCAAAUCUCUAAGGCUGUACAAAACGGCUCAAAAAUGGUCGUCUUGCCUGAAUGCUUCAAUUCUCCUUAUGGUAAUCAAUAUUUCAACGAAUAUGCUGAGACGAUUGAAGAGACCUCUCCAACUUACAAAGCACUGCAUUCCGUUGCUAAAGAAUUGAAAAUCUAUGUGUUUGGGGGAUCCAUUCCUGAACGAAAGGAUGGAAAACUUUACAACACUUCCAUGAUCUUUAACCCAUAUGGCAACUUGAUUGGUAUUCAUCGUAAGAUUCACUUAUUUGAUGUGGAUUUCCCUGGCAAGAUGACAUUCCGCGAGUCUGAAUCAUUGAAUUCUGGUAAUUCUAUGACGAUUGUUGAAACCGAAUUUGGCAAAAUCGGGUUAGGAAUCUGCUACGACAUCCGCUUUCCUGAAUUGGCUACGAUUGCUGCUAGGAAUGGUUGCUCUAUGAUGAUAUACCCGGGCGCUUUUAAUCUUACCACAGGCCCCUUACACUGGGAGCUUCUUGCGCGAGCUCGUGCUGUUGACAAUCAAAUAUAUGUCGCUUCUUGCUCUCCAGCUCGUGAUGUAUCUGCCAGUUAUCAUGCCUGGGGGCACUCUACUGUUGUUGGACCUGAUGGCGUUGUAAUGUCAACCAUGGAUGAAAAACCCGGUAUUGUGUACGCCGAUAUUGACCCAGAGCAUAUGGCUUCAGUCCGUAAAAGCAUCUCUUUGUACACCCAACGCCGUUUUGAUGUCUACUCUGAAACAAAGCCUUUAAAGCUUAAUGAAAAUUAG